GAUCGGGGUCGCUGCUGUUCCCGUAUUUUUUUCCCUUUCAGUGAAUUUAUAUAAAUUUUUAUUAUUCUAAAUUAGAAAUUGCCGUUGAAAUAUAAAAAAAUAAAGUAAUUUCUUCAAAAUGGCAUCGUCGUCAGCUUAUUACUCGAACGAAGAAGCAACAAUUCAGAGAGAGACAGACGUUCAUGUUGCAGACUUGGUCGCUACUCCUGCAGAAAAAUUGAACGAAAUAUACGAAAUUGAAAGAUGCGUGAAAUACAUAAAAGAGAAAAAGUGCAAGAAAGUAUCUUUGCAGUUUCCUGAUUCUCUGCUCGUUGAUGCAUCAAAUGUUGCUAAGCAAUUAGAAAUCAAUUGUGAUGCAAAAAUAUAUAUACUUGCUGAUACAUCGUAUGGACACUGUGACAUAGAUGAAGUCAAUGCCAAACAUAUCACAUCAGAUCUUCUUAUUCAUUAUGGAGAAACUUCACUUGCUCCGUCCGCAACAAUACCAACAUUAUUUGUAUUCGGACGUCACCCUAGUCUGAUUGACGCUGAUAAAGUUUGUGAAAUCUUUCGUGAAACGUACCCAAGUAAAUGUGACACAAGAGUUGUUUUCUUGCACCAUGUUUCAUGUGAUUACAUAGCAGACUCGAUAGCAAGUCGUCUCGUUCCCGAAUAUCCAUAUCUGUCCGUCGGUGAACUCAAUAUUCCUAAAGACCCUGGUGGCGCUAAAGGGCUACAAGCAGGCGAGGGGGAGGAAAACAUACUAAAAGACUUAUGUACUAAAUCUUGCCCUGGUUGCCCAUGCCGACUAGAAAAUACAGACAAAAAUGAAAAGGGUGAUUUAACACGCCCGACUGAACUUCAGGGCUCAAAAUUGAGUGAAAAUGUAGAAAAAAUAUCAGUUCACCCUGGACAAACCAAAAAUGACUCAAAUUUGACCCGAAUUAAUAACAUAGAUGGCAUAACAAACUCUAGUACAGCUUCAGUGGAGGGUGAAGAUGUUUCUUAUGAAGCUUCUGAAACUACGGAAUAUCCUACAAAUAUUUCAAAUGGAAAUAAUUCUGCCAGUAAGGAGGAUGGGGAUUCGCAUCAUCCAGAUUGCAAGGACUAUGUAACAGGAUUCUAUACAAUCCCACUCGAAUUUGACAAGAAAUUAUCUGAUUACAGUAUUUUCUACCUCGGGUCGAAAAAUGCAGAGUCAUUGAGGAAUUUUAUGCUGACUCAUCCUACAUGCAAUGUACAUGUAUUUGAUCCAGAGACUGGGAUAGAGAGAAUGCAAUCUAAUACAAACAGACAACUAAUGAAAAGGUAUUACCUCGUCGAAAAAGCCAAGGAUGCAAAAAUCGUCGGAAUACUUUGUGGUACAAUGGGAGUUGCGGGAUACUUAGAAUGCAUGAAUUAUAUGAAAAAGAUAGGAAAAGCUGCAGGGAAGAAAAUUUAUACUUUCAUUAUGGGGAAACUAACACCGGAAAAACUUGCAAACUUCUUGGAAAUUGACAUCUAUGUACUUGUUGCCAACCCAGAGCACAAUAAUAUUGACGUCUCAAAUUUUUAUCGUCCGGUUGUAACUCCUUAUGAGUUUGAAGUCGCUUGCAAUCCUAGCAGAGAGUGGUCGGAAAAUUAUGUUACAGAUUUCAGGACAAUAUUACCAGGCGGGACAAACUUUGUCGAAUUCCCAGAAAAUUACUCGAAAGACGAUGAAACCACAAUGUCCUUAAUAUCUGGCAACAUAAGAACAAACAAUAAUUUUGACAUUGAAAAUUGUACAGAAAACACCGAUGCAUUAGCGAUAAGAAAUGAUAAAACUUCAGUUGCAGUAUUUGGGCCAAACUCGUCAGCUCAAAAGUUAUCGGAACGAUCUUGGAAAGGAUUGGAACAAAAAUUAGGGGAAACCCCUGUUACCAAGGCAUCAAAAGGAAGGAGUGGACUUCCGGUUUCAUAUAACGAAAUGAUCGAUUUUUAAGAUUGUUUUCCAUUGUUUAUAUCGGUGCCAUAAAAUUAUGCAUAUUUUGCGGGAUCAGUAAAUUUUAAUUUAUGCUGCCA